AAGAGCUCACUUUGGAGAAGGUUCUAGAAGGGUGUUGCUGAGAGAUGUUUCCUGCAGUGGGUCAGAGUCUGCACUGAGGGAGUGUAGAUCACAGGAUUUCAGAUACACAGAUUUUCUGCACAUUUUUGAUGCUGGAAUUAUAUGUUCAGAUCAUGUGAGGCUUGUGGGUGGAGCUGAUCGCUGCUCUGGGAGGCUGGAGGUGAAGCUCCAUCAGUCCUGGGCCACAGUGUGUGAUGAUAACUUUGACUGGCAAGAUGCUGAGGUUGUCUGUAGGGAGCUGGACUGUGGGGCUCCUUCAGCUCUACACAAGGGGGCCCAUUUUGGUGAAGGAGAAGGUCCCAUCUGGUCCAAAGACUUCCAUUGUGAAGGACAUGAGUCCUUCCUCCAUGAAUGUCUCAUGUCAGUUAGAUCAGAACAAAACUGUACACAUGGACAUGCUGUGGGACUGACCUGUGCAGGACAUGUUGAUUUAAAAAUGGUGGGUGGAGGCAGUCCCUGUGCUGGCAUAGAGCAGAUAUAUCGAUGGGGCAAGUGGUGGACACCAGCAGCACCUACUGAUCUGGAUACUAUUAAAAAACUGAUUGCAGUAGUAGGUAGACAGCUGGGCUGUGGAUCCUUGGAUUUUUUCCAAACAAGCCAUCGAGGGAUUCAGUUAAUAGGAGGAAGUCACAUGUGUUCUGGGAGAGUGGAGAUUCAGCACGGAAAAUCCUGGGGCUCAGUGUGUGACGCUGACUUUGACUGGCAGGACGCUGAGGUGGUCUGUAGAUCACUAGGCUGUGGGGAACCUGCACAGCUGCUGGAGGGAGCUGCCUUUGGUCAGGGAGAGGGAGGGAUGUGGUCUGAGGAGUUUCAGUGUCAGGGAAACGAGUCUCAUCUUGUUUUUUGUCCCAAAUUGAUACAUAACAAGACCUGCCGCCAUGAGAAUGAUGUGGGCCUGGUGUGUUCUGGAUACUCAAGGUUCAGGCUGAGGGAUGGUCCUGACCACUGCUCUGGUAGAGUGGAGAUGAGGUACAAUGGAACAUGGGGAACACUGUGUGAUGCAUCAUGGGACAUGAGAGCUGCCACUGUCCUGUGCCAACAGCUGGAAUGUGGGAGCGCUGUGGCUGCCCUGGGACAGGCCUGGUUUGGGGGGGGCACUGGGCCCAUCUGGCCCGAUGUGUUUCAUUGUCAGGGGAAUGAGACUCGCCUCUCCCAGUGUGCUGUGUCCCCAUGGAGACGAACAGCAUAUUCUCAUGGAGAGGAUGCGGGAGUCAUCUGCUCUGGUUCAACCCCUUCUUCCUCUGAUGGGGGUGUCAGGCUGCAGUCUGGAGGGAGUGACUGUGAGGGCUGGGUGGAGGUUUACUACAACCAGACCUGGCAGAAGGUUCACCAAGAGUCCUGGAGUUCCAUGGAUGCAUCUGUGGUCUGCAGACAGCUGG